ACUCUUAAGUCUCGCCCCACUCUGUAUACUGCUCAAAUUUACAGGGUCUGUGUAGAAUAAUCCGACUUCCAUCGUGAAGAUGAGAAUCAACGAAAUGUUGUUGCUGGCGAUGGUGUUCUUACUCUGCAGCGGAUACGCCAGCACUGUGGUCUCGGCCGCUCCCUCGUCCGGCGGCGGCGGGAGUUCGUCGUCGGAGAAGGAAAUAGAGGAAUGUGCAGAGCAGCUAGCAGGGCUGGCUACUUGCCUGCCGUACGUUGGAGGCACGGCGAAAUCUCCGACGCCAGAUUGCUGCGGCGGGCUGAAGCAGCUUCUCAACACCAACAAGAAGUGCUUGUGUGUUGUUAUCAAGGACAGGGACGACCCUCAGCUGGGCCUCCACAUCAACCUCACUCUGGCCAUGUCUCUGCCUGCAGUCUGCAACUCUGCCUCGGCUGCCAAUAUCUCCAAGUGCCCUGAGUUGCUGCAUUUGCCUCCAAACUCGCCGGAUGCCCAAGUGUUCUAUCAACUUGGGAACAAGGGCUCCAAAGGGAUGACUGGCCCUAGCCCUGGCCCUGCUCCAGCUGGGGGAGAUCCAAAUGUGGUGGGGGCUAUUAGUGGUGGUGAUCAGGGGAAACAGGCUACUAGUGCUGGAAACAAGAGGGCCUAUGAUGGCUUCUUCUGGGUUCUUAGCCUCUGGGAGUUGUUCUUUAGUGGUUUCUUGUUAGUUUCAUUCCAUGGUUUUGGUCUGUAAUUAAUCUAGUUUUAACAGUUUCAGAGGACUAUUAGAUUCCGUGGUUUCUUUAUUGUCAUUUUCUCUGGUGAUUCUGGUUUCUGGGAUUCAAUAAUAUGCUUUACACUAUUAGCUUUUGCUGAAGUUCUGCUGGUGUGGCAUUGGAUUACCCUCUGAUAGACAGAUACAAGCAUUGGAUGAAAAUUUUGAAGGAAUGUACUUUGUGUUACAAUUUGAAGGGAGAGACGAAAGAACAGAAUGUUCAACAAAUCAACAACAGAGCAAUGU